GGGCACAGACUCGCACACGCGCCGCACCGCGGACCCGGAUCAUGACGCGCGCUCCGCGUUGCUUUGCUUCGCGUUGACGCUCCGCGGCUCGCUUGAUCCGGAUCCGAUGGAGGGACGCGCGGCGGAGGACGCGGACGCGCUGAUGGAUGCCGCAGAUCUCGACGCUGCUUUUAAGAAGACCUGCAUAACUGAGCUGCCGUCGUCCUCGUGUCACACCAGCUCUGGGCCUGAGAAGAAGAUCGGUCACAGGCGGGUCGAUGCGUCCGGUGAAACCACCUACAAGAAGACGACUUCGUCUGCUCUGAGAGGAGCCAUUCAGCUGGGGAUCGGCUACACCGUGGGUAACCUGAGCUCCAAACCUGAGCGAGACGUCCUCAUGCAAGACUUCUACGUGGUGGAGAGCAUUUUCUUCCCCAGUGAAGGCAGUAAUCUGACGCCGGCGCAUCAUUAUCCAGACUUCAGGUUUAAAACAUACGCUCCGGUGGCUUUCCGCUACUUCAGAGAGCUCUUCGGGAUUCGACCGGACGACUAUCUGUACUCUCUCUGUAAUGAGCCCCUGAUCGAGCUCUCCAACCCCGGUGCCAGCGGCUCCAUCUUCUACGUCACUCGAGACGAUGAGUUCAUCCUGAAGACCGUGAUGCACAAAGAGGCUGAGUUCCUGCAGAAGCUGCUUCCCGGAUACUACAUGAACCUGAACCAGAAUCCCCGAACACUGCUGCCCAAGUUCUUCGGUUUGUACUGCGUUCAGUCCGGAGGGAAGAACAUCCGUAUCGUGGUGAUGAAUAACAUCCUGCCGCGCAUCGUUCGGAUGCAUCUCAAGUUCGACCUGAAGGGCUCCACGUACAAGCGCCGCGCGUCCAAGAAAGAGCGCGAGAAGUCCAAGCCCACCUUUAAAGACCUGGACUUCAUGCAGGACGUUCAGGACGGACUCCUGCUGGACGUGGACACGUAUAACGCCCUGCUGAAGACGCUCCAGAGAGACUGUCUGGUUUUGGAGAGUUUUAAGAUCAUGGACUACAGUCUGCUGUUGGGGGUUCAUAAUCUGGAUCAGGCGGAGCGCGAGCAGCAGAUGGAGGGAUCUCAGAGCAGCAGCGAUGAGAAGAGACCGGCCGCACAGAGAGCGCUUUACUCCACCGCCAUGGAGUCCAUUCAGGGAGGAGCGGCGUGUGGAGACUCCAUCGACACCGAAGACACGAUGGGAGGCAUUCCUGCUGUCAGUGGGAAAGGAGAGAGACUCCUGCUCUUCGUCGGCAUCAUAGACAUCCUGCAGUCCUACAGACUCGUAAAGAAGCUGGAACACACGUGGAAGGCUCUGGUGCAUGACGGGGACACUGUUUCUGUCCACCGUCCGAACUUCUACGCUGACCGCUUCUUCAGGUUCAUGAGCAGCACUGUGUUCAAGAAGAGCUCUUCGAUGAAGGUUUCUCCGGUGAAGAAGGGCCGUGUGGUGCUGAGCGGCCCCGGAGCAGCCUGGUCCUCCAGCCAGCUUCCUUUACAGAGAGACGAGAAAAUCUAUGAUCUGAGAGGAGCGUGCAGCUUCCCUGUGCUGGAAAACCAUGGUCGGCAGUCCUGCACUCCUCCGUCGCUCGAGGAAGCGACCACGGCGUCUGUGGCCACAACUCUGUCCUCCAACACCUCUAUAUCAAUCCCAGAAUGCUCUCCGUCAGACACCACAGAGCAGCCGCGCUACAGAAGACACACAUUGUCUCUGAAAGACGCUGAGGGAAGGACACAUGAGGUGGUGGAUGUGCAUGAGGAAGAGCAGCAGACCAUCACUGUGCAGGUGGAGGUGAAGAGAGAGAGAGAAGACGAGGAGGAGGAGGAGGAGGAGCCAGACGUCUGCCAGAAAUCACCACAUAAUCUGGAUGUUCAGUAGACGUCUCUCUGUGGGUCUGAAGAGGUUUUGCUGUUCUCCAGGAUGGAUUCGGCUCGUCUGAGCACUGAUGAUCCUUCCAGACAAAAACCCUCUUCCUCUUCUACCUGAUCGAUUCCCCUCAAGAACAACCUUCGCUCUCAGAAAACCCAGUGUGUGUUUGUGAAUCCAGACGUCUUGUUGACGACCCAUAAUGCACUAGACAUGUGUCCAGCGUGGAGCGUCCUCAUUAUGCAAUAUGAACUCCUGCCCGUGAUUGCAUGAAAUUAAUACUGUGGAAUACUGUUAAAAUAUAUGAUAAAAAGAUGAGAGACUGAAAGAAUUGCUGCAGAUGAUUGAAAACAUAUCAUGUGAAACACAUCCUUAAAACAAGAUGCAUUUACUUGAGAAUUAAAAAUUAAAACCGCGUGUGUGUGUGUAUAUAUGAAUUAUAAAAAUGGAUAUUUGAGGAACAUUUUCCAAUAUUUCUUUUUCCUUUUAUAAAUGUUUUAUUUAUUGUCAUCUUUUAUCAACUAUUUUUGAAUGUUUAUUAGAAUGUUAUAGCUAUAAUUUAGAGUUUAGUAUAUUUAUUAAGCUAUUUUCAUCAUCAUUAUUAUUAAGUUAUUAUAAAUAUAUUAUUUAAAAAAUACAUAUUCCAUUCUAGGAACAGUUACCAAUUAAUUUUUCCUCUUAAAAACAUGUUUUAUUGAUCUUUUGUCAAUAUAAUUUUACGAAUGUCUGUUACAGUUUUAUAGCUUUAUAAUUAUCAUUUACUGUAUAGUUCAUUUUUUAUGGCCAAAUUCUUUCUUUUAUUUAUUAUUUUAAACAGUUAUUAUUAUUACUAUAACUACAAGUUAUUUUUUUUUAUAAUCAUAUUUAUUAUUAUAAUUAUUAACAUUGCCAGUGAGGUAUGAAAAAUACAUCCUUUUGCUUCUCAAAUAAAUGCAUCUUGUUUUACGCAUCUUAUAAUACUGCUGGAAAACGUAAUAUUUUUAUGGCUAUUUCUGUAUAGUCAAUAUCUAUAAUAAUCUCAUCGUCUACAAUGUGUUUUUAAUCAUUAAACAUGAAAUCUGAAGUUUUAUGUUACAGCUGAUCGUCUGUGUUUGUGAACAUGGAACUGACUCGAAAUUUCAGCAUUUAAAAACUUUUCAUCUUGCUUUUUUAGGCUCAUUUUUAAUAAUGUUUUAUUUAUUAUAAUCUUUAAUCUUUGUAAUUUUAUGGAUUUUUUUUGUUUGUUUGUAAGGCUAAUUUCAGAUGUGCUGAAUAUCAUAAUCAAGGACACAACAGGAAUUUAUUGAUGCAUGUUAAAAUGUACAUAUUCUGACGUGAAAAUAUUUCAUUUCGUAAAUGCAUUACAAUAAUGGAAUUAAAAAAUUGCAUAUAGUUUUAAGAUUUUAUUUAUGUUUUCAAAUCCAGUCGGAUAUACUUUUCACAUUUUUUAAAUGCCCAUUUUAAUCAGAUUUCUUUUUGUUGGGAAUGAUACUUUUUACUGAACCUGCAUCAUUCUUCAACACUCAGUUUGGGUUUUAAAGGAUAAAAUGGCCUUAUUUGGAUACUGUAACUAUCAAUAUGAUCAAAAUCAAUCCCAUUUCUCCUGUUCCUCUGGGCGAGUCUUUGUAGUAUAAUGUACAGUAUGAACUGAAUAUAUUUUGGUCACUGGUUUGAGGAAGGUCUUUGUGGUUUCUGCAGCUCUUUUCUUUGAGACUCGUCUGUGUGUGAAUCGUCUCUAACACUGAACAUCUGUGUGUCUGUACACAUCAUUAGCUGGUAAUGAGGAUGUACAAAUGUAAACAAACCAUACCAAUAAAGACUAUAUGGAAAAUAGA